UUGUUCAACAGGUGGGAGGAGAAUUCACGUCGGUGAUGUUCACCCUUUCAUCUACCAGUUUUCAUAGCAGGACUUGUAUGUACUUCUAAUCAGCAGCUUGAUUAAGUAGUACCUCUGUUGGGACAUCAUUCAAGUAUUUAUUUUUAAUUUUUAUUUUAGAGAUAUAUUAUCCUUUGUGGAGAGACAGAGCUUCAGAGUUGCCAUGCUGAAUGAAAAUAGGCAAGAGUCAAUGAACUCAGGAGGAAGAUGAAAGAUAGUGUGUCUGAAGAACAUUUAUAUUUGGGUUUUUCUCAUCAGUACAGAGAUAGUAUCUUUCCUCUUCAUACAUCUAUUUCCCUGUUUUUGCUAUCCUACUGUGACUGCAAAUUAUUCAAAAUUUUCUUAGUGCCAACUGGUGAAGAUGCAGAUGCACAUUUUGUGACAGAAAACCUUCGUGGUGAUCUUGAGAUCCAUUUAAUCUCCAGACGUCAGCUUCCAGUGGUUGUGCAGAGCUGCUGUUUACCUGCUGUUGUUGUGAAAGAUGGCAAGUUCUGUCGAGCUGGUCUUUCUGUUGUCUUAAGGCAUAUAAUACAGAAAACGUAUGAGUCAGAUCCAUCUAAAAAAGGUGUUUUGGAACUCUUAGGCUUUAAGAAGACCUGCUUAAAAGCUUGUGCUGAAGUUAGCCAGUGGACCAGACUUUGUGAGAUCAACAUACCCCUGGCUGUUGAAGGAUUUUUGACAGCAUCUCCUGAGCAUUGUCAGACUAUUCCUCCUGACAUUUUACAACUUGAAAGGAAGCUUGGAGAACCUGUCCGAGUACAUAAUGAUGACAAAAUUCGAAGGCAAAAACUUCAACAACAGAAGGCAGGUGCCAAGACUGCAGUGCCUGGUGAAGAAGCAACACAGGAAGGGAAAACAGUGGAAAUUCAUGAACACCCGCUUCCAAGUUUGGAACUGAACAUAGCAUACUCCAAGCUACUUGUCCAGGAAGUAUCAGAUGCAGUAAGCAGGGAGCCCCCUCACAUCAGGAAAACAAAAACCUCUGACCUUCCACUUUUGGACCACGUUUUUGCAGAAGGGCUUUAUUUUACUUUGGCAGAUGUAGUACUUUUGCCAUGCAUUCAUCAGUUCUUGGUUUCCAGCAAAAGCCAAGGCAAAAAUCUGGUAAAUUUACCUCUGAUAUGCAGUUGGUAUCAAAGAGUUCAAGACAUACCUGGAGUGAAAAAAGCUGCUGGCAAAUGCAAUAUGGAGCUUCUCCAGCUUCCAGAGUUGAUGGCUGCUCCAGGUGAACAACUGCAAGACUUCUGUUCAGUUCCUGAUGAAUUUAAAGAGGAGAAUGAUGAUAGUCAUUUUAUAGGUGGUCCAAGGCCAACUAUGACUAAGUUAAUGGAAAAUGGUAUUGAAGCAAAGUUUUCUCCUCACCCAUGCCCCAACUGGACCUUAGACUGGACCAAUCUACCAUCUGCAGUCAGUCCUGGAGAAGGAUGUUUGAAAAAUGACUUCUCAGGACCCCCAAACUCUCCCAGCUACUCCUACCCACAUACCUCAUCUGGCAAGAUGUCUAGAGACCGGGCUCUGAGGAAGCAGCAGCAAUUGAAUAAUUUGGUAGCAGUGGUGACAAAGCUUGCUAAACCUGGAGAUGUUAUUGUGGAUUUUUGCAGUGGAGGGGGCCACGUUGGAAUUGUUCUUGCUCACAUGAUGCCAUCAUGUCAGGUGGUGCUCAUAGAAAAUAAGGAGCUGUCUCUGAUCCGUGCUAAAGACAGAAGUGAUGAACUAGGUUUAAGCAACAUUUGGUUCAUUCAAGCGAAUUUGGACUAUUUUAAUGGGACAUUUAACAUUGGGGUGGCUCUGCAUGCAUGUGGUGUAGCAACAGACAUGGUGAUUGAACACUGCAUCAAGGCACGGGCAGCCUUUGUCACCUCCCCAUGUUGUUAUGGCUUCAUUCAAAACACAGUGAAGUUUAAAUAUCCACGAAGUCAUCAGUUCAAAGAAAUUUUGUCCUACAAGGAGCACAUGAUACUUUGCAGAUUUGCAGACCAGACAGCUGUUCAGCUUCCACCUGAACGAAGGCUAAUUGGAAAGCAGUGUAUGGGGCUUGUGGAUCUGGAUCGGGCAUGGGCUGCAGAAGAACAAAACUACUCUGUCCAAGUUAUAUCUAUGGAGCCAGAGAGCUGCUCUCCAAAGAACAAUAUGUUUGUGGGCAUCCCUGCUUAGAGUGUGAAACUCGCAUUUGAUUUGAAGUUGAACAUAAAUCUUCAUUGUGUAAUGACAUCCAGCAGGUACAAUCUGGGAACCAGACAUCAUGCAGCUUGAACCCAUUGCAUUUGGAAAAGGAAGAAGCUCAAAACAUCUUUGAAAGUGAACUGCAUGCAGAGCAUCAGAGACCCUACUAGUAAUGUGUCAUUAAGCAGCUUUUGUUUCUCUCACAAAGUUCUGUAUGGCUGUGCAUGGAACCAUAUCCAUCUGUAAAGAUUUACAAAAAAAGAUGAUCUCAUUGAAGGGAAGGUGAUUUCCUUUUUAGUCAGGGUGUCUUGGCUGCCUCAAAAUUGCAUUCAUGGUCAAUACUGUGUUUGUGUUUAUUAGCAGAGCAGCUAUCAGCUAAUAACACAGAUUGCUGGAGAUACAGAAAGAUCAAAUUUAUGGUGUUAGUGGAGAAGCCUAUGCAACCAGUCACGGCUUGACUUUGCUAAAGAAUUCCAUACCACAGCAGGAAGAUGAUUUUUUUGGGAGCAUCAUUCUGGUUAUUAAAAAUGUAUUCUAACUAAUUUUUUAAAAAAUGUCUUUAAAUAUUACACAAGGAUUCUGUAACCAGGCAUUUGAAAAAGUGUCUUUAGUUAAAAAAAGCAAACCCCUAAAUUUUCCAUUGACCAGAUGACAGGAGCUAGUGAUGAUGUCAGUGAUCGGAUACAUUGCUGCCACUUCUGCUAAUUGAAGUCUACUGCUUCUUAUUCUUAAGAAACUUGCUGUCAGAAGAAAUUUUAAAGGAUGGUUCAUGCAUCUAUAUACAUCAUCUUUAUUGAUUUUUAUAUUCAGUUUAAAUUUGAACAAAGUUGCAAUUGUGGAAAUAUUUGAAAAGAUGGUGAUCGUAUUGUAAAAUGAAAAUAUAUGUUCUGAAUUCUGAUUAGUAGUUUUCUACCAUAAUUUAAAAUCAUCUGUUGACACUAACACAAUGGAAGAUAGCUCCUAAUGAGAUUUUUACUGCAUAUUUAUGAGUUUGCUGUGUUUAUGAAUCCUGCUAUGGAUUAAUGUAAGUAAAUCUGAAGUUUGCUCAGUUUCAGCAUACCUUCAGAGCACAUGGUACACAUAAUUACAAGCAACAGAUAAUUGGAGGAAAAAUAAAGGAUCUUGAAAUA